AACAUAAUAAAAGUUGAAACGGUAACAUGGAAAGAGACGUAACAACGACAUUCAGUCCGUUAUAACAUACGUGAUCGGUUGUUUGUUUUCUCAUAUGUUUUCUGUCAAAAGUUCAGUACAAAAGUCAGUGAGUCGCCAUUGUUUAAAGAGUUUUAAACUUAUCAAAUAUUUAUAUUUGGUGCGCAUCGUCAUCGCGCUUUUUGUAAUUUAAUUUUAACGGAAGGAGUUACAAAUGAUCCGAUCUUUGAAAGAAAUACUUUGUGUUGAUAAGUUUUGUUCGGAAAAGCAUCUAACGGUUAAAAAAGCUUCCUAUGUCUCAGCUUUAUAAAAUAUGCUAAUCUGUGAACUUAAGCGGUAGCAUUACCAAGUAAGCCAGGAGGCUUACUUUUUUUAAAUUUAUAUUUCGGUAUAUACCAAAUACCAUUUUUAUCCUUGUAUCAGAACUAUAAGAAUAUUAGAUCAGGUAAUUUUGGCGCCCAACAAAAUGGUCCAUUUGAUGCCAGUGAAUAUUCCGAGGAAAUAUUACAACAAUUAAAACUACUUGAUGAAGCUAGAACUCAAUAAACACAAAUAAACGUCAAAAUGCCUUGGUUAACGAAAAUCAGGAAACUCUUUAAAUCAAUGAACAACGCAGAAUUAAAUAUUGACGAGAACCUCGAGACUCCUUUACAGUAUAAGGAAAGAUGGCGGUCGAUUUAUGUGAUUUAUUUUACAAUUUUUAUUAUGUCCUUAGGAUUUAGUAUUGUCGUUACUGGUGUAUGGCCAUAUUUAGAUAAGCUAGACCCUUUAGCUGGUAAAGAAUUUAUGGGAUUCAUAGUAGCAGCCAACCCCUUUGGACAAAUGUUAUUUUCACCCCUAGUGGGCUGGUGGAGUAACAAGUUAGGGUCAAUUAGGAUACCAUUAAUAUUCUCAUUACUACUCUUUACCAUAGCUAGUGCCAUAUAUUCUUGCCUAGAACUUUUUGAUGAUCAUAUCAAACAUUGGAUGCUUUGGAGUAGAUUUUUAGUUGGAGUUAGUUCAGCCAGUGUUGCCGCUUGUCGAUCAUAUCUUUCAGCAGCAACAAGAUACUCAGAAAGAACAAAAGCUGUAUCAAUGAUCUCAUUGGCGCAGGUACUGGGUUUUGUGGUGGGACCUGCCAUCCAAGCGGCUGUAGUACCUUUAGGAGAUAAAGGAGUUUGGUUGGUGCCAAAUAAGCUGAAGUUAAACAUGUAUACAGCCACUGGUUGGAUUAACGUUUUCCUGGCCAUAAUUAAUGUCUGCCUCUUCUUACCGAAAGUAUUUCAAGAGCACAAGAUCGCUGCUAAGGAAGCCAUGUUUAAUCAGGGGAAAGAGAGCGAGAAAGAGGCGUUGAAAGUUUUGAAACCUGAUUAUUUUGCCGCCUGGACUUUAAUCGUUGCUUUUUUUGUUAUGGUUUUUAAUUUCAUGUUACUGGAAACAUUAGGUACUCCUUUGACAAUGGACCAGCUAGGAUGGUCCAAAGACAAGUCUUUAUCAUACAUGGGCAUACUAAUGUCAAUAUGUGCCUUUUUAUCGAUACUAACCUUUCCGUCCAUACCAAUACUCUCGAAAAAAUUCUCUGAAGUCAAGCUGAUGAUCUGGAUUGGGUUUUUGCUUAUGGUCAUAGGAAGAUUGACGUGCAUCCCGUUUAAUGAACCUCCGCCCAAAGUAUUUGAUGUCAACCUGAAAAUAAAUCUAUCAAGGUUUUGUGAACAACAAAUUAAAAACUCUAGUCUUUCAUAUGAUCUGGACUAUAAUAGCUUAAAUAUUAGUCUUCGCCAAUAUGACAGAGUUCUACUAACAAAUGUAACAAGUGAAAAAGAGCUGCGCAACAUGACAUUAGAUUGCGGAGAUGACUUACUUGGAUGUCCUUCAAACCAAGAAUGGUGCUAUUACACCCCUGCCAUUAGCUAUACUCAGUUCAUAGUCUGUUAUGUGCUAACGGUAUUGGGAUAUCCUAUAGGGGUAACUCUUAUCCAGACCUUAUUUUCUAAGGUAUUAGGAGCCAGACCUCAGGGUGUCUGGAUGGGUUUAAUAACAGGAGCAGGUUGUUUAUCAAGAGUCAUGGGUCCCAUCUUCGUGACGCAUGUCUACGAAGAGUAUGGUACUGUAUGGACCUUCGGUAUGACGUCAGUUAUGAUGGCCAUAAGCUUGGUGUGGCUUUGGUACUUUGAUAAAAGAUUAGAACCAAAAGAUCCAACAGUGCAAAAGAAUCCAGAUAAAGAAGAAACAUUAAAAGAGCAAGAAAUGCAGGAGUUAGUUUGUUUGAAAGGAUCUGAGAAAGAUAGUGAAGCCAAGCAAGCAGCUUUCGAAAAUGAAGAUGUUAGCUAACGUUACGAAGAAACGUGUUACGUUGUAAAAUGUUACUUAUGUUAAUUUCCUUAAUUAGUUGAGAAUAGUCAUUAAGAUUAUUUUCUUGUUAUACCUAAUUACUUCUAACCUAUGUAUUAUCCGGAGCAUGCGUGUUAUAUAUGUGAUAUAAUUUAUAAGUUAAUAGGUUCUCUAUUUUUUUAAAUAUUAUGAUUAUUAUGAAUUUUAUUUUAUUAGUCUAUAUGCAAAUGUACUUACAUUAUAAACCUUAAUAUGCUCAAUAUUAUUUUUAGUCAUAUUUUUAAUCCUUUUUUUUAUAAAGGUGACAAUAUUAUGCAUGUGCCUACUUACAGUAAAUCUUAAGAAAUAAAAUAUUAUUUUUGCUUAUUGUUUGUACAUACUUAUUUUUUUAUAUUUUAAACAUGUAUUAUAUUAAAUAUUUUUCUUUAA